CCGCCGCCGCGGCGAGGACGAAGCCGAGGCCGGACAGGAGCCUCUGCCUCUGCCUCUGCCGCCGCCGCCGCGCUGGCCUUUCCUGCCAUUACUACUACUACUCCUGCCAGCAAGGCCCUAGUCCAGGGGAACCCCUUCCCCGCCAUGGAGGCCCCCCCGCCGCCGCCUCCGGAGGAUCAAGGAGGGCGUACAGAGGCAACUCACCUAGCUGACUGUGCAUUAUACAUCAUGGAUAGACGUUGGCUCAACUAUUUUUUAAUGCAUGUAUAAAAGAAAAAGGUUCAGACAAGGAGCUGGGUGGCAUUUCCUGACAAAUGGAGAACUAUUUCCAGGCAGAAGCCUAUAACCUUGAUAAGGUUUUAGAUGACUUUGAACAAAAUGAAGAUGAAGCUAUUUCACCUACAUUAUUGGAUGCAAAGUGGAAUCAGAUCCUAGAUCCUCCUUCUCAUCGGCUGUCUUUUAACCCAGCUCUAGCGAAUGUGAAUGAAUCUACAGUUCCCAAUGACUGCCCACAAAAAUUAAAGGCUUUGUCCCUGUCUCAUUUAGCCACUGGAUCAAGAGGUGGAGGAGACCAUUGUUCUAAUGGAAGUAAUCUUAAUAUGAGUCAGGAAAUCCCAAACAUGUGGAUUGAUGAUCAGACAACAACAGAGGAUCAACUAAUAAAGAGAAAUGGUAAUCAAAGUGCUCACUGUAAUGUUAUGGAUGAAGGAGAAAGAAAAUGUGGCACUUGUUUACCAGAGGAAAAAAACGUUGUAGUUGUAGCAGUCAUGCAUAACUGUGACAAGAAAACAUUGCAAAGUGAUUCAUUGGAUUGUAAAAAUCACAACAAUCCCUCCAUAAUGGAUACCAUUAGCUUUACACUGGAUAGUGAAACCCAAGAAGCUGAUCAUCUUGAUGUUACUGUAAAUGGGUCCACUGAGAAAGAUACAGAUACUGAAAAAGAAGUAGUACAAACAAGCAGGCUGAAUACAGAAGACGAUUCUGUUAAACAGUGUACUGCUGCUGCUUCUGAUUGCUUAUCCAGUGGAUAUUCCUCUUCUCUGUUAAAGGAGAAAGAUAAUACAAACAAAGACUCCCAUUUUGCAGAAACUACAGCACCAGGUACAACUGUAUUUCCCUUGCAGAGGCCACUUGAUCCUAGCAUUAAAAUGCAAGAAAGUUGUACAUCAGGUGAGGGUUUUGAUAUUGAUGUUGCUGUUCAGAGAACAGAACCACAACCUAGAAACUGUUCACCUAGUUCACGCAAUGGUGAUUUGUCUGCAGAAGCAGAGCAGACAGCCCAGCAGUGUCAGUCAGGGAUACCCGAGCUCUCUGGAACUUGUCAGCUGAAUGCAUUUGGAAGUGGCAAUCACUGUGAGCAUUCUAGCAGACAUUUGGACUCUUGGGAUGCUAGUGCUCUUGAAAAUGAAGCUGACAAAGCUGAAAAAAUUCUCUGCACAACUGAAUUGCUCCCUAAGACAGUUUGUUUAUCAGAAUCUCAGGAGAUGGUGAAUGGUGAAUUGACUGAACAAAAUGAAAUGAGUAAUAAGCAAGUACAGGGGGAGAAUGAAGAACAGCUGCACACAGCAAAACAUGAGGAAGCAUGUAGUAAUAAUGGAGAUGGCAGUGAAAACAUGAUGGAAGCAGGUUUUGACUUAAAGGAGACAUCUGUAGAUGAGCUUGAAUAUCCCAGUCACACUGAUGGCAUUGGGACAUCAGUAUCAAGAGAUCUGCCAAACUGUUGUCAUUCCUAUGGAAUACAGAACCCAAUUCUUGCUCAUAUUCCAAAGACUUUGCCCUCUAAGGAAGACUCUGUGACUGAGGAAAAGGAGAUAGAAGAGAGCAAAUCAGAAUGUUAUAGUAAUGUUUAUGAACAAAGAGGAAAUGAAGCCACAGACAGGAGUGGACUCAUUUUGAAUUGCACUGGUGACCAAAUGAAAAAGAAAUACUUACAUAAUUUUUGUAGUCAGGUACCAACUGAAUUGAGUCAAGCAUCACCCAAAACAGCAGCUAACCUGCAACCUCUCAGUGUUCCUUUUGGUGGUGCCCGACCCAAGCAGCCUACAAAUCUCAAACUGCAAAUUCCAAAGCCAUUAAUGGACCAUAUACAGAAUGACCUGGUUCCCCCAAACUGUGGUGGUAACAGUAAAAAUAAAAACGAUAUAUCUGGAAAAUCAAAAGUUUCAGAAAACUUAUCGGCAAACGUAUUUUCCGAUGAAACAUCACUGAAUGCCACAGUUGCGGAUAUUGUUGGGGAGCAUUCAGAUGAGUAUGAGUCUGGGGUUUCUAGCAGUUCGUGCCUUGCAGCAACCUCCGAUAGUCCAGACAAUGACCUUGGAGCUGGCCAGUUUGGAGUUCCUACAAGAAAGCCAUUUACAACUUUGGGUGAAGUAGCUCCAGUGUGGGUUCCAGAUUCUCAAGCACCAAAUUGCAUGAAAUGUGAGGCCAGAUUUACUUUCACUAAAAGGCGGCAUCAUUGUAGAGCAUGUGGAAAGGUCUUCUGUGCAGCCUGCUGCAGCCUGAAAUGCAAACUACUAUAUAUGGACAGAAAAGAAGCCAGAGUAUGUGUAAUUUGCCAUUCAGUACUAUUGAAUGUGGCUCGCCCAGAGAACAAAGACGUGGUUUGGUUUGCUGAUGGAAUCUUACCCAAUGAUUAUGCUGUAGAAGAAAAACCAUCUCAUAUAUCAGUGAUGCAGCAGCUAGAAGAUGGUGGUCCUGACCCUCUUGUGUUUGUUUUAAAUGCAAAUUUGCUGUCCAUGGUUAAAAUUGUAAAUUAUGUGAACAGAAAGUGCUGGUGUUUUACUACAAAGGGAAUGCAUGCAGUAGGUCAAUCAGAAAUAGUAAUUCUUCUGCAGUGUUUACCUGAUGAAAAGUGUUUGCCCAAGGAUAUCUUCAAUCACUUUGUGCAGCUUUAUCGAGAUGCCUUGGCAGGAAAUGUUGUGAGCAAUUUAGGACACUCAUUUUUCAGCCAGAGUUUUCUCAGUAGUAAGGAACAUGGUGGCUUUUUGUAUGUUACUCCUGCAUAUCAGUCACUACAGGACUUGGUGCUCCCUACUCCACCAUACCUAUUUGGGAUUCUUAUACAAAAAUGGGAGACUCCUUGGGCCAAAGUAUUUCCCAUCCGACUGAUGCUGAGACUUGGAGCUGAAUACAGACUGUAUCCAUGCCCACUUUUCAGUGUCAGAUUCCGUAAACCAUUGUUUGGAGAGACUGGACACACAAUUAUGAAUCUCCUUGCAGACUUCAGAAACUACCAAUAUACAUUGCCAGUCGUUCAAGGCUUAGUGGUUGAUAUGGAAGUAAGGAAAACCAGCAUCAAAAUUCCCAGCAACAGAUAUAAUGAGAUGAUGAAAGCUAUGAACAAGUCCAAUGAACAUGUACUAGCAGGUGGGGCAUGUUUCAAUGAGAGGGCAGACUCUCAUCUUGUAUGUGUGCAGAAUGAUGAUGGGAAUUACCAGACACAGGCGAUCAGUAUUCACAAUCAACCAAGGAAAGUGACGGGGGCCAGCUUCUUUGUAUUUAGUGGAGCUUUAAAAUCUUCUUCAGGCUAUCUUGCAAAAUCCAGUAUUGUAGAAGAUGGUGUCAUGGUCCAAAUAACAGCUGAAAACAUGGACUCCCUGAGACAGGCUUUGAGGGAGAUGAAAGACUUCACUAUUGCUUGUGGUAAAAUAGAUGCUGAAGAGCCUCAAGAGCAUGUGUACAUUCAGUGGGUAGAUGACGACAAGAACUUCAACAAGGGUGUUGUGAGUCCCAUUGAUGGCAAAUCUAUGGAGUCUAUCACAAGUGUGAAGAUAUUUCAUGGCUCAGAAUAUAAAGCAAAUGGGAAGGUUGUUAGAUGGACUGAGGUUUUCUUUUUGGAAAAUGAUGACCAACAUAAUGGCCUAAGUGAUCCAGCAGAUCACAGCCGGCUGACUGAAAAUGUGGCUAAAGCUUUUUGUUUGGCCUUGUGCCCUCACUUGAAGCUGCUGAAAGAAGAUGGGAUGACCAAGUUGGGUCUCCGUGUUACGCUUGAUGCUGAUCAAGUUGGCUAUCAGGCUGGGAGCAAUGGUCAGCCCCUGCCUGCUCAAUACAUGAAUGACCUGGACAGUGCCUUAGUUCCAGUAAUUCAUGGAGGGGCAUGCCAGCUGAGUGAGGGCCCAGUGAUAAUGGAGCUUAUAUUUUAUAUUUUGGAAAACAUCUCAUAA